GAGCUGUCAAACUGCUGCUGUGUUUACAUUUUUAAAUCGUGAAGUUAUUCGUGUAAAUUUGUAAAAUUAAAUAAUGUAACAUGAAAUGAUAAAAAUAAUAGUAUGAAAAUAAUUGCUAAUAUAAAUUCAAGUGAUUAUUGUAUGUUCUUGUGUAAUUAAAACAAUCAGAAAGAUACAAUGAAUGCCAAAACUGAAAUCAAAGUUUUAUCAAUAAAUGGGAGAAAAUUGUUUUAUUUUCGUCUGAAUUUUAUUGAACCGCUCUAGUGACCUACUUAACGCUUUGUCUUUGUGUGAUACAUAAAGGUAUCACUUAGGCUGAAGGCCGAUUCCUUUGUCAUUUUAUAUUUUUAUAAAAAAGUUAUUAAAAUGGCUAGGAUUGUAGGCUGUUAUCUACAAAGUUGAUGAUGGAUGAAGUUAUUCGAAAGCCAGCAAAUUACAGUAGAGUAUCAAAGGAAAGUACAGCGGCAUUCUCACCAAAGAAACUAACACUAACAGGAAAUUUUACGCAUAAAUAUAAAAGUUUUAAUAUAUCGGCACCGUUGCGGAGAGCAAGCAUGCGUCAGGAUAUACUGGAUAUGGUUGAACGGAGGACCGAGUCUCGGAUGGGGGAGCAAAAGGUUUUUAUCGAUGAAAAUCCUAUGUAUGAGGAUCCGAGAGAUGUUAUUGGUGAGAGAGAAAAACCAGUGAAACCUCCAAGAAAAAGGGUCAUCCAAGGUAUAGCUGUCUCUUCUCCAAGAUCUUCAAAAGAAGGCAAGUCACUUCUUAAAGAGCAGAAGAGAAAAUUAACGAAAAAAUAUGAACAACUCGUCACUUCUUUGAUGGAACGGUGUGAAGAAAACGUUGUUCAGCUUUCAGAAAAGGAUUCCCAAAUAGCCAAAUUGAAGGAGAAAUUAAAAUCCGUCUUAGAAUACAACAAGUUGUUCGCAGAAGAAAACGAUCAAUUGCGCAGUCAGUAUGAGACUGUAGUGAAAUAUGCAGAAGAAUGCAAGAAGGUGAUCAAAGAAGAGAGGGAGAGGAAUAGAGUAUUAGAUGGGAGAAUAAAGGAGUUGCAGGAGAAAGUUAAGCAGUAUGAGUUGCCUGAUAGAGACCACGGAUCCUCAACAGCUAUUCCUCUAGUAGAAGUAUGCAUGAGCUGCAGCAGUCGGCAGAUAAUAGUGAACCAGGCGCGGGAACAUAACACGCGCCUGCAGAAAGACAUGCAGGCCCUCAAAGAUGUUCUAUACAGGCUAAACGUCCAAUUGUCCCGUUACCAAGAGCGUCUUCGCUCCAACAUGCAAUCUGUGGCCGGAGACAAGCCCGACGUGUUCAAGACUGGAGACAAGUAUGAUGCACUGGACUCGCUGCUCACUGCCAGUCUGGGAUAUAAAGAAACAUUGAACACGGAAGACGGGCAGACUAAGACAGGACCUGAAGAAACUCCUUACACCGGCCGCACUGUGGACCUCACGGGUCUACUUAGUGCACAAGCAUUAGCCCCCCUCUUCGAUGCCUACCAGGAAAACCUUCAAGAAAAAGACACCCUAAUACUAGAUUAUGAAAAACAAUUCGAAACUAUGAACAAAAAGUCCAAAUUAAUUGUCACUGAAAACAAAAGUCUCACUGAUAAAGUUAAGAGUUUGGAAGAAGAGCUAGUGGGAGUGAGACAGAGCUAUAAGAAGUUGGUAGUAGAGAAAGAGACGGGUGAUAUUGAGAAAGCUACGCUUGUUGAAAGAGCUGAGAGGGCGGAGUCUAAACUGAAGGAGGUUUAUGAAUUGUAUGAGGAUAAAAUGUCAGCAAUGAUGAGAGACUACGAGACAGUACACAGAGAGUACUUCGUAGUGAAGAACAAUCUAGAGAUGGCGGAGAACAAACUGGCGCAACUAGAUGUACUGCGCACGCGCACUGUACCAGCUGAUAUGCAUGAACGGAGGCUGGAUCAUUGUAAGAGGUUACUAGAAGAGCUAAAACACCAGUACGGCAUGGAGACGGACCGCAAAGGAGAACAGCUCACGAAGACACAGGAACAACUCAAACUGGUUGAAGACAAGUCUGCCAAGUUGGUGCACGAGAACCAGAACUUGAAGGAGGAACUGGAGAAGGCAUUGAAGAAUGUUAGGUUGUACCGCAAGGCGGCAGUAAUAUUCCGCCAGCGGCUGAAGUCUGCGACGGCGCGCGUCCACCGCGUGCGGACCAGUGCGCGCCGGAACAAGAACAAUAAUAACGAACCUCUGAGGCAGGCCAUGGCGGCCCUCGACAAGAUUAAACAGGAGAUUAAGACAGUAAAAUCCCGCGCCUACACGUCACUGGAAGAGUUAGAACGUCGCAUUGUAGAGCAGGAACGGAGAGCCGCGCUAGCACACGCCGAGUACCGGAGGGAACUGGAGAGGGCGGCACUCGCACUCCAACAUAAGGAGGGUAUCAUCAGGAGCUUAAUCGAUAAGGUGGCUGAUGUGGAAGAAGUCAGACUCAGCCAAACCAACACACAUCGUCUCCAAGGUAUAAUAACAGACUCCUCGCCAGAGGGAUCUCCUUCCCCUCACCCUGAGCAGAGGAAGGAAACUAAACCAUCGGUAAAGUUGGUACCAGGACCUGGAGGAUAUUUUCAAGAGAAGGAGGGCAAGAGGAAAGGGAAGUGAGAUGGUGUAUGAAAUAUGGUCAACCUGAGAAAAGGGCUCCUCUCCCACCAAGAAGGUUUGGGCAUUGAAUUACAACGCUUGCUCAAGGCGGCAAGACGGGUUCCAAACUUGUAAUAAUCAAUAUAAAGCAGGGGUUCCCAACCUUUUGUUGGUCACGGACCACUUUUUAGAACAAUUGUUAGGUUAGGGACCACUACUAAGCACGUAGUACUUCCUUUCAUGUAGACCAAGAUUUUCUCCAAAGUAGUAAGGCUUGUUCUCAUAAAAAUAGUGACAUUUCGAUUAUUGAAAUCAGUUGAUCCUCUUAGUUAUCUUCUUCUACAUAAGUUCCAUUCGAGAUUAAACCGUCGUAUUUGUUGGAAACACAAGACAACACCUUGUAAUUUUGUUAAUUUCGCGGACCAUAUUUCGUCUUCUGCGGACCACUAGUAAUCCAUAGACCGCCGGUUGGGAACCACUGGUAUAAAGGCUUAGAAAGCCUUAACUGAAAAAAGUCACAUUGAAUUGUCUAUUUAUGAGUGAAUAAUAUUCUUAUUUUUUUCUAGUCUUGUCUAGUCUUUCAAGCUGUAUUGUGAAGUAUUCAUUAUGAAAGUAACUAUAGAGUUAUUAUUCUUCUGUUCAUCAGACAGAUAGAUGGCACUAACGUAGAGCGAGGUCCUGUUUGAUCAACAUAACGUGAGGUCGCUGUUCAUCUAAUAGAGAUUUUAUUAGUGUUUGUGACUACUAGUGAGAAGUGACUGCACGAUUGGUGCGGUGGCUGGGCAACCGGCUGCCGUGCAACGUGUCGCGGGUUCGA